GUUAGCUUGCAAGUUCAUUAGGCGGGACAUUAAGUCAUAAGUGCGCGUCAAAAUCCUCAUGGUCCAAACGAGGGCUGUCAUUAACCUAUAAGUCUGGGAUUCCCACACACCAUAGCUAAAGCCCCCUGAAUCGAGAGAUGUGUUCUGGGACUUCGAAAAUGAUCUCGGUAGCUGGCUUGUAAAUGCUAACAGCCCAACGGCUGAGGCUCAACCAUGGAUCCAAGUUUUCAGCAUCCAGACUAUCCUGACGACGUGGACGUGGCCUCCCAGCUAUCAGGCUCUUACUUUGUUGUUCCCUCGCCGGCCACGACGUUCUGGGACGAGCUUGGAUCGUCCUGGCCAUGGCUCCCGUCCCUCCGGGAAGAGCCAGAGACUUGUCACAGCGAAGAACUAUUUGGAAGUCACUUCUUUGGCGAUUGGAUACGGCUACCGCCUCCAGACGAACCAUGCGUUGGCCCUGCUCUCCCACAGGGCCAUCCUUCAAACCCACACAAAGAAGUGUAUCCUGAGCCUGCAGGUUACCAGUCCGCGGGUGUUCCUAGUUUCCAUGACCAAAGCUACUCUUAUCAGCUCUCACAAGUUUCUGACACGAGGACCUUUCCCGAGCCAAGCGUAAUUCUAUCCAGUCCGUCGCAGUGGGCGAGACAAGCCACCCACAAAAGCGGUGAUAUUCCAUCUAGUCAAUACGUUUUUCCAUGUGAGGGAGAUACAAAUCCAUCACCCGCUCCUGAUCAAACACCUAGCUUGACUUCCAGCAGGGCCGGCCAUCGCAAGCGGCCGAGAUCCGAGAUCGAGGCCUUGGAUAAGACAACGUCAAGUGGGAUUCACGUAAAAAGCGUAACUGCAGACUAUAGCGAACAAGUAGAAAAGGAGCUUCACGAUGUGGAAGCAGGAUCACCGUCUAGCAAAAGACUCGCUUGUCCUUUCUACAAGUUUGAUCGAGUCACGCACCUCCAUUGUGCUCGCUUCCACUUGAAGAGAGUGAAGGACGUUAAACAGCAUCUUCUCAGGAAGCACCGGUUCCACUGCGCGGGCUGUCACGAAGGAUUUAAGGACAAACGAAAGUGCAAGGGACAUGUCGAUGACCAGCAGUGCCAAAGUAGAGCCGGCCCGCGUUCUGCUGGGAUCGAUGAAGGUAUCUCAGAACAUCAGGUCAAUGAUCUGUUACAGAGGAUGAACAGCGGUCCCAAGGGCGAUGAACACUCCUGGUACACUAUCUGGGAUAUCUUGUUCCCGGGGCAAUCCUUUCCAGCUUCGCCGUUCCUAAAGAGCGGGGUGGAAGAGGUCAUUUCUACUGUCUGUGACUUAUGGCAGAAGAAUGGUCCCAAGGUCAUCUCAUCUCUCAAUAACGACCCCUUACAGACGAGCCUGAUAAACGGAACAGAGCUGCCCAAGACCAUGCCAGUCUCCCUUUCGAAAUCGUCCACAAGCGACAAUCUGUUGUUGAUUUUGGGCCGGCUCGCGAAAGUCAGUGCAGCACAAAGCGAAGGCAAUGAGGCAAAUCUUCCAAGAUCGCGGCUCUGCCCUUCGUCACCUGCAAAAUACUCACCGUCCACGACAUUCAUGACUUUGGGAAAAUUCGACGACAAAGAACUGGAAUUUGAAUCUCACUGAUAUGAUCGUGUCUUCUCCUGUCAAGGUUGCGAAGUCCACUAAUGUAAGACUAAUAUCGAAAAGAAAGGCAGGGGAAUUCAGAAACGUGGGCAGAUGGAGUAUGGAGAAUCCAAUUGAGCUCAUCAUAAAAGACUUCUGAUCCGAAAUUGUUCUUGAAAGCCCAAGAUACGCAAGCCCUGCUUGAGUGCCAGCAAAAAAUCAGUGGCCAGUUUGUAUUUGCGGCGAUUCACCUGGGAUUCCAGUCUUUCAAAGUGACACGAACCUGACAACUCAAAGUAGUUUAGUAGGUCUCUGCACUUGCAAGUACUUAGGCCAGACUGUCUGCC